GCACCAGCGGACCGGGACCAGCGGGAUCCGAACCCAGCAUGGAGGAGGAGAAGGUGUCCUCCUGGAGGGGAGCAGCCGAAGCUGAAUAAAGGAGGAGGAGGAGGAGGAGCAGCGGAUGGACGGCAGCCUGGGAUCAGCCACCGACAGCACCAACAAACCCCCUCCUCCGAGCGGAACCGGCUCCGACUUCACUCAUUAUUACGGGAAUGGAAGAGGAGGGCCCAGCUCGGAUCAACAUGGCGGACAACAAAGCCCAGGGCCGGGGCUAACGGCGGCGGCGCACUCGGUACUCGGCACCAUGGACCAGGUUCAGAACUCCCACGAAGGCUACAGCAGCGGCCCGUACAACCACUACCCCAACUACCGGCCCGGCUACGGCAGCAGCGGCUAUGGCGGCAUGAUGAGCCCCUCACGCCCGGGGAAUAACCUGAUGGGCCCGGGCGGCGGAGGCUCUGCCGCGGCUAACCACAGUAAGGCGGCUAUGGCGGCUACCAGCGCCCCGGCGGCGGGCGGAGGAGGCGGCGGCUUCCAGAGGUUCCCCGGGCAGGGCCAGCACCCGCAGCCGCAGCACCCGUCUGGAGCGACCCCGACCCUCAACCAGCUACUGACGUCCCCCAGCCCGAUGAUGCGGGGAUAUGGAAGCGGAUACCCGGAUUAUAAUCAUCCGUCGGCGCAGCAGCAGCAGCCCAAAGACAUGGGCUCCCAGUACGGCUCCGCUGCCCACGGCUGGGCACAACAAAGAGGUCACCCGACCAUGAGCCCCGGGAAUAACGGCCAAGGCGGCGGCAGAGCCCAGGUGGCGUCCAUGGACCCGAUGGUGAUGAAGCGUUCUCAGCUCUAUGGGAUGGGCGCUAACCCGUACUCGCAGCAGCAGCAGCAGGGGGCGCCGUACCCGGGGCAGCCCUACGGAGGCCCCUCCCCCCACAGAUACCCCCUGGGGCUGGGGUCCAGAGGGCAGAUCGGGAUGGGAGGGAUGCAGUACCCUCAGCAGCAGAUGGGUUCUCAGUUCUCCCAGCAGCAGCAGCAGAACGUGGGCGGGUACUGUCAGCCGGGUCAGCCUCCAUACUUCAGCCCCCCCCAGCAGCAGCCCGCCGCCCCCAGCCAGCCCCCGUACAUGCAGCCCCGCCCACUGCCACAGCAGGACGUCCCACAGGAGGCGUACGGGGGGCGGGGCCAGUCUGCCGCUAUGACCCCUGGGAAACCGAACCAAGAGGACCUGAGCCAACAGGAGAGACCAUCCAGUCUGCCGGAUCUGUCCGGCUCCAUUGAUGACCUGCCGACGGGCACUGAAGCGGCGGUGAGUUCAGGGACGUCGGGCUCCGGCGGCGCUCACGCGGACCAGGGGACCCCGGCCCGCUCGCCCUUCUCCCCCCACGUCUCCCCUCGCCUCCCCCCGCCCACUCGCACCGGCCCCUCCCCCUCCCCGUCCCCCUCCCCUGCAGGGUCCAGUGGCCAGCCCCGGUCCGGACCCAUGUCCCCAUCAGGCGCCGGACCAGGGUCUCAGCUGAACCCUCAGAUCUCUGGUUCUGGAUCAGAUGUGGGUCCUCAUCCCUCCCAGGCCACCAUGACUCAGGACAGAGGGUUCCCUGCUUCCAUGCAGCAUGGCGCUCCGUUCACCUCGCAGCAGUCGGCUCCGCCCUUGUCCCCUCACCAGGCUCCCGGUGGACCCACAAUGCACCACGGCCCCUACCAGCAGGGCGGCCCCUCCUACGGCCAGUACGGACCCCCAGGUAACUACCCCCGCCCCCCCCACUACGGCGGGGCCCCCGGUGCCAACUACAGCGGCCCCGGCUCGGGUCCCGGUCUGGCCAACAGCCUGGGCAUGAACGCCAGCAGCCCCAUGCACGGACAGGGGCCCUCCACGCCGGCCGGACGAGGACCCGGACCCGGACCGGGACCAGGCUCCGGAGGGAGGCCCUACCCCCCUGCCGGCGGCACCAUGGCCCCCACCUCCCCCGGCAUGCCACAGUCAGCGGGACAGGGUAUGGGGCCCCCUGGACCCAACGCCAGCCGUAAAGCGCCUGAAGUCGGCCCCAACGCCCGAGCGGGGUCCAACACCACCCCGACCCCGACCCCCCCCCAGAGCAGGCCCAGUGGUUUCUCCAUGGCCCCCAUGGGAGUGCUGGGCCCCGGGGCCCCAGGAGGCCCCUACAGCCAGCAACCAGGCAGCAACUCUGGGAGGAUGACCCCCCAGGGAGCCCCCUACAACGCCCCACCCACAGGGCCUAUGAUGAUGUUGGCUGAAGGGGUGGGCCUUCAUCUGGACGCCAAGCAGAGGGCGGAGCUCGGCAAAGACAUGCCUCCAACUGAACCACUGAAAUCUAAGGACGUCUUCAGCUCCCAGUGUGUGUCCCAGCCCCCCACCCCGUCCCCCAUGUCCCCCAGCUCUGCCAGUCUGUCCUCCUACCACGGCGAGGACAGCGACAGCAUCAGCAGCCCGGCCUGGCCCAAGACCCCCACCAGCCCCAAGUCCGCCGCUGCGACGACGACCGGCGAGCGGAUUGCGCGUCUGUACGACAUGGGUUCGGAGCCGGAGCGGCGUCCGUGGGUGGAGCGGUACCUGAGCUUCAUGGAGGAGCGGGGCACGCCGGUGCCCACCCUGCCCGCCGUCGGAAAGAAGCCCCUGGACCUGUGGCGCCUGUACCUGGCAGUCCGGGACCUAGGAGGACUGGCCAUGGUCAAUAAAAAUAAGAAGUGGCGGGAGCUGUCGUCUCUGUUGAACGUGGGCACGUCCAGCAGCUCGGCCAGUUCCCUGAAAAAGCACUACAUCCAGUACCUGUUCGCCUACGAGUGUAAGAUGGAGCGAGGGGAGGAGCCUCCACCUGAGGCCCCCGGACCCACAGGGGACGCCAAGAAGCACCUGACGGUCCAGCCCAAAGUCCAGCCCCCGUCACCAGCCAACUCGGGGUCUCUCCAGGGUCCCAACACCCCCCAGUCCAGCAGCAGCUCCCUGACAGAGGCCCCCGGGGACCUGAAGCCCCCGACCCCUGCCUCCACCCCCCACAGCCAGAUGGGCCCCCUACCAGGGACCAGGAAUAUGGGCGGAGUCAGCAUCCAGGACCCGUUUUCGGAAGGCAGCGAUCCUGCCUUCCACAUGAAGCGAGGUCCGGGACCCGGUAGCGCCCCCUACCAGCAGGGAGGAGGUCCGACAGAACCGCCCAUGAGGAUGCAGUACGACAGCAACAAAGACCUGUUUGGACUGAGGAAGGGUCCUGGUCCUGGGGAGGCCUUUGGUCCUGGACAGAUGCAGGACAUGUAUGCCCGUGGACCCCCCUCUGGACCCCUGACAGGAAUGGGCCCCCGACCCCAGUACCCCUACGGCCCUGGGUAUGAGCGCAGGUCGGACCACGGGAUGGGUCCGGAGGGGGGUAUGGCGCCCCCCGGAGGUCAGAACAGUAUGGGUCCGUCCGGUUCCGAGAGCGGGAUGUUCCCAUCCAACAGAUACGCCCCCCAGAGACAUGGACACGACGCGUACGGACAACAGUACCCCCACAGCAUGGCCUACAGUUCCCAUCAGCCCCUGUACCCACAGCCGCAGGGUUACAAGCGUCCUCUGGACUCCAUGUAUCCUCCGUCCAAGCGCCACGAGGGCGAGGCGUUCAGCGUCCAGCAGUACGGCGCCCAGCAGGUGGACAUGUUCGGCCCCUACGGGGGGCCCGGCGGGGGCGGGGGCGGGGGCGGGGGCGGGGCCUACAUGGGCCCCGAGCGGAGGCCGGCUCAGGGCCAGUACCCCUACCCCUACCCACGGGAGCGCCAGGGCCCGCCGCAGCACGGCAUGAUGGGAUCGGGACCGCCGUCGACGUCUGGGGGGCCCGGGGAGGGGCCGCAGACCAACAUGUGGCCCCCCCGGACCGAGGUGGGCUUCCCCUACGGCCGCCAGGGCCAGGGCCCGACCUUUGACCCCGAGGCCCGGGCCCAGGAUGGCCAGUGGCCCCCGAGGCAGCCCGGAUACCCCGCCCACUCCUCCUCGAACUCCUCCUCGUCCCCCAUGCCCCCCCUGCCCUCCAGACAGGCCCAGCCUUCCUCCACCUUCCAAGCCACGCCCCCCAUGUCUAACCACGUCACCCGCUCCCACAGCCCCUCCUCCUUUCCCCGACCGGCGGCGGGUUCGCUGUCCCCCAACAGCGCCCCCUACCUGCCCUCUAUGAAGAAGGCGGGGCUUCCUGGGCCUGGCCCCGCCCCCUCUCAGGGCCUCCCCCUCCUCUACAGGGAGGUCAGCUUCCCCCCGGGGUCAGUAGAGGCCACGCCCCUCAAGGUGAAACCACGACGGCGGCUCACGGCCAAAGACACAGGAACCCCGGAGGCGUGGCGUGUGAUGAUGUCACUGAAGUCGGGCCUUUUAGCAGAGAGCACCUGGGCCCUGGACACCAUCAACAUCCUGUUGUACGACGACAGCACGGUGGGCUCCUUCAGCCUCCCCCAGCUCCCUGGUUUCCUGGAGCUCAUAGUGGAGUACUACCGUCGCUGCCUCAUCCAGAUCUUCGGUAUCCUGCUGGAGUACGAGGUGGGGAACGAGGGUCAGAAGGACCUCUACCAGGAGGAGGAGGAGGAGGAGGAGCUAAUGGAGCCCAGCAGCCGAUCACAAGAGGAGCAGCGGACGUCAGUGGAGGAGGAGGAGGAGGAGGAGGAGGUGGUGCCGGUGAAGGCUGAAGACGAGGAGGAGGAGGUGAAGAACAAAGCGCCUGACGUCAAAGAGGAUGAGGAGCCCCGCCCCAAACAGGCCAGCAAGUACGACCGGCUGCCAAUCAGAGUGGAGGAGGAGGGGCAGGAGUGGGUGGAGGUGGAGCGGCGGUGGGCGGAGCUCAGCCGACCCAACGGCUUCAUCAGCGGACUCCUGCACUGGCAGGCCGGAGGCGGAGACUCCACCAACCACAUCCAGACGCACUACGAGCCCCGCACAGGAGACCCCUCCCCCCUGAACCCAGAGGGGCGGAGACAGGGGCGGGACAGAGAAGAUGACGGACAGGAGGAGGAGAGCAACGCGGAGACACAGCAAGAUGACCGAGGUCAGAGGUCACCGGCGCCCGGUGACGCGGCUCACAGUCCCAUCAGCCAACUGGAGGACGAGCCGCGGUGCUGGGACGAGGCGCCGCUGUCCACGGCGGAGGCGUGGCAGGAUGCUCUGGCCAAACGCUGCGUCUGCAUCUCCAACAUCGUGCGCGGCCUGUCCUUCGUACCCGGAAACGACGCCGACAUGUCGCGCCACCCGGGCCUGGUCCUCAUCCUGGGUCGGCUCAUCCUGCUGCACCACCGCCACCCGCCCCGCAAACGCACGCCGCCCACCUACCGGCGUGACGAGGAGGCGGGGCUGGCCUGCAGCCGCGACGAGUGGUGGUGGGACUGUCUGGCGGCGCUUCGGGAGAACACGCUGGUGACGCUGGCCAACAUGGCGGGUCAGCUGGACCUGUCGCUGUACCCCGAGACCGUGUGCCUGCCGGUCCUGGACGGGCUCCUGCACUGGAUGGUGUGUCCGUCGGCCGAGGCCCACGACCCGUUCUGGACGGCGGGCGGCGCGGCGGCGCUGACGCCACGGCGGCUGGCGCUGGAGUGUCUGUGUAAGCUGAGCAUCCACGACUGUAACGUUGACCUGCUGCUCGCCACGCCGCCCUUCAGCCGCCAGCAGAAGCUGUUCGCCACGCUGGUCCGCCACGUGGGCGAGAGGAAGAGCCAGGUGUGUCGCGAGAUGGCGGUGGCGGCGCUGUCCAACCUGGCGCAGGGCGACCCGACGGCGGCGCGCGCCAUCGCGCUGCAGAAGGGCAGCGUGGGAACUCUGAUUGGCUUCCUGGAGGACAGCGUGGCCGUGGCGCAGUACCAGCAGAGCCCGCACGGCCUCCUGCACGCCGCCGCGCCCUCGGAGCCGCCCAGCGUCAACAUGAUGUGCCGCGCCGCCAAAGCACUGCUCGCCAUGGUGAAGGCCGACGACAACCGCACGGAGUUCGUCCUCCACGAGAGCCGCCUUCUGGACGUCUCGCUGUCGGCGGCGCUCGACUCGGCGGUGGCGGCCAUCAUGUGUGAAGUACUAUUUAAAAUUGGCCACUCGUGACACGGACACGCAACGGAGCGCGCUCGGCGGCGCUGGAAGCGGUGGACCGGCUCCUAUUCUAUUUUUAUUUAAAGAACUGAACACAAAUGUUUUUACAAAUGAAUCUAUAUAGAAUCUAUAUCUGGCCCUCGGCUCCAUCACAAAAGUUUAUUUGGGAUUUUUAAGUAAUUUUAAUACGAAUAUUUAAUACUGGUAUUUUUCAUUUUUUAUUCUUUGGUCCGUUUGUGUUUUUGUUCCGUUUUAACCAAAGUGUGGCUGGAGAGGCUGUUUUUUACAUUCGUGGGUGUUGGGGGCGGGGCCAGGUUAAUUUAAUGUUGUAGAUAGUAUGUUCUGGCGGCGGCGGCGCUGGUGUGGGUCGUUCUGGUGCAAUAGGAGUCCUGGGCCGGUUUAAUGUGAAUUCUUCGACCAUCUGCAGUUUGACCAUCAGUGUUGCCGAACCACAGCAGUAUGACACAAAGGGGGCGUGGCCAUUUGUGUUUUUAAGAACUUGUCGUCUCCUCGACCAAUCAAACGAAGCCCCUCCUGUAAAUAGACAAUGUCCGCCAUCACCUGAAUGUGUCAUCAGGCUCCUCCCACAGGAGAUUUUUGUGUAUUUAAAGAACAGCAGGUGCAUUGUGGGAGGUGUGUUUGAUUUGUACAACUGUACUGUACAGGAGGGCGGGGCUUAAUCUGACACAAAACAGUUAUAACAAAUGUAAAGAAAAAAAAACAACGAAAAUCUGCAUCAGAACGAGUCGAGUUUGAUUCACAAACGAAAUCUGAGUUUAAUAAACGACAAGAACUG